UUAAGCAUCAUGUUUAUAGAAGGGAAGGCAGAGACUUGGGAGCAGAUAACGUGGGGCUGAGCUCAAAUCAGGACACCAGACACCUCAGCUUCAGAAUCAGUGGUAUCAGUGAAGGAGGAUGGAGCACAAAUGACUCAUCUCCUGAUCAGGGUAGUUGAUGACACUGUGUUUUGUGUCUUUGGUCACAGCGUCCUCUCUUAAAUGAAACUGUUGUAUCUCUACAACGGUAGCUCUACAAUGGCUGGGGAGGAGAACAGAGACCCUGGCUACAUGAACCUUUCACCACAUCCUGUUCACGGAAACCAUUAGUUGAGUCAACACUGAAGCGCAGUUAAAAAUGAAUGUCCGAUCCUGACUGGAUACUGUCAUUUUCAUCAUUUAGCAUCUGGAGACCAUUUCAAGGAAGAAAUGAGCUCACACAGCAGGUGUGUUGGAGCGGACAAAUGUCAUUACCUCUGAUACGAGGAGGUGAUACCACUGAAGAUGAAGAAAUGCUUCCUCCUCUCCUUCCUCUGUGUUUUACUGCUGUGUCUUUACAACGGCUGGCUGAGAGGACUCGGCGGUCUGACAGCCAUAAAUCCAACUGCCGUCUGUAACCGCGGCAGCAACAGCAGCAGAAAUGUGACCAUCUUGUUGUGGUACUGGCCCUUCGGCAUGUCCCAUAAUCUGGAGGGUGACGUGUGCUGGGACCUCUACCGCAUCCCCCGCUGCAGACUGGUGGAUAAUCGCUCCUUGUUCUCUUCGGUUGAUGUGGUGGUCUUCCACAACAGAGAGCUGAUUCAGGGAUGGCAGAAACUGCCGUUAGCUCUUCCACGGCCACAGCGCCAGAGGUGGGCCUGGAUGUCCCUGGAGGCCCCCGUUCACAAUGGAAACUUGCGGCAGUUUGCAAAUAUUUUCAACAUGACGAUAACCUACAGGAGGGAUUCUGAUGUCGCUGUACCGUAUGGCGAGCUGCUACCAAAGGAGACCGGAGGACAUCUGGUGGCAAACAACCUUCGGAAUAAGAGCUCUCUGGUCUGUUGGGUGGUCAGCCACUACCAGACGCACCACAAGAGAAGUCAAGUGUACAGCGAGCUCAAUGCCGCAGUUCCUGUGAAGGUUUAUGGGCAAUGGACAAAGAACAGCCUCUCCUCCAUUGACCUCUUACCGACAAUCUCUCGCUGCUACUUCUAUUUGGCCUUUGAGAACUCAUUGUCCAAAGACUAUAUCACGGAAAAGUUGUGGAAGAAUGCUUAUCAAGGUGAGGCAGUGCCUGUUGUCCUUGGACCGCCGCUGACCGAUUACAAAGCUGUGGCCCCACCUAAUUCCUUCAUCCACGUUGAUGAGUUUGUGUCGGUAAAAGAUUUAGGAAAGUAUCUACAAGAGCUGGCAAAGGACAAGAAACGCUACGAUGAAUAUUUCACCUGGAAACAAGAGUGGAAAGUGAAACUGUACACAGACUGGAGAGAGAGACUCUGUAAGAUCUGUUUACAGUACAACAGUUUACCUCGGCAGAAAGUGUACUCUGAUUUAAGUGCCUGGGCCAAUUCUUAAAUAAGAUCUGAGUUGGAGCAGUUGUGGCUCAUUAUUAAUAAAUGAAUGAUAAAUGUUAUCCCAUUGGUUACACAGACAUGCGUUUCUGCAGUAGGAUUAACAUGGUUGCUUUUUAAUGUUAUUUUUGAUGCAGUUGCCAUUCGUUUGCUGUGCUACUUAAAUGAAAUAACGGGGGACUGGUGGAAGUGAGUGAAGGACGAUACAUUGCCUACAUCAGGAUGAAGAUGUGAGGAAGAGAAACUUUAAAAAAUGUAACCGAUGAUAUGAAAACUAAUGUUUUCUCAUAGCAGACAUGACAUACGAGGUGACUAAUAAAAGAAGCGAUAGUUACAAAGCAUCCAACCUGAAACUGAUCCCACAGCUCUUUGCACGGCUGCAACUGCAGCAUCAGAUCCACUGACAUAUUUUGUCUUUGAAAAUAUGUCUUAUCAUGCUUGUUAAACAUUUACUUCUUCUUUAUUUUGUCUUUCUCGUCUUACAAAUAAAAAUGUAUUCUACCUUCUGAAAUAAAUUCAAACAGUCUCACAGGAAA